GGCAACACACGGAGCUGGGGAGCAGGGCAUGCUGGGACUGAUCAUCUCCAUGGCAACACUUGGAGCUGGGGGAGCAGGGCAUGCUGGGACUGAUCAUCUCCAUGGCAACGCUUGGAGCUGGGGGAGCAGGGCAUGCUGGGACUGAUCAUCUCCAUGGCAACGCUUGGAGCUGGGGGAGCAGGGCAUGCUGGGACUGAUCAUCUCCAUGGCAACGCUUGGAGCUGGGGGAGCAGGGCAUGCUGGGACUGAUCAUCUCCAUGGCAACGCUUGGAGCUGGGGGAGCAGGGCAUGCUGGGACUGAUCAUCUCCAUGGCAACACACGGAGCUGGGGGAGCAGGGCAUGCUGGACCAGAUCAUCGGAUUUAACCGCCCCUGCCUUCGCCCGUCAAUUCUGGAGAGGCCGCGUUCGAUUGGCUCCUGUCACGGGGGAGUCCCGCCCCCGCUUCCGGCCGGCCGGGCAGCAGAUGGUUUGGUGAAAGUUCAGGUGGCUUUGGGGAACAUUACAAGCAAAAGAGAGAGGAUUAAAAUUUUGUAUAAGAAAAUUGAAGAUUUAAUAAAAUACCUGGAUCCUCGGUACAUUGAUCGAAUGGCUGUUCCCGAUGCCAUGAAACUGCAGUUCAUCUUAGCAGCUGCUCCUGACCAUGCUGCCAAACUGCAGCGACUUGCUCAAAUCCACAUGCAGCAGCAGGCAGUCAGAGUUUAUUACAAGCAACGAGUCAAAGAUAAUGCAACAUCGGAUGUAUCAACAUCUACACGCAGACAUCAGGACCAUGUUUGAUGGCAUGCUCCACACAGCUAAAGAAAUCAUGGAGAAGAGCUACACCCCAGGAGAGAUGUGCCACCAGUGAUUCUGGCGAAAUGUGUCAGACAUAUGAACUUGGCAGAACAGAGGGGAGACCAUCGCUGGAGACCUUCGUUCUUUUCUUUUGCAAACCUUCCAGCUACUAUUUCACAGGUAGAGCGCAUCUGUCCACUCUGUGGAUUCUCUUGCACUGCUUUCAAAUGCCCUUAUUCAAAAACCUUCUCAAGAACCAGUUCUUCAGUGAUGAACCUACAGUGUUAGCCCACGAAUUAAGGGUGGGUCGAGGGGCAGCCAGGUGUGGAGAAUAUGCAUUUUGAUAAACUGCUCUGGCUAAAUGAGUCAUUGGAGUGGGGGACUGGACCCAGUGUCCCUGUGCCUCAGUGGGUCACAGCUGACAGUGCCAAAUUCCAGACAAACCCCUGUGAAAUAGGGCAGGCUCACCCCAAACUGGUGGUGGCUCUUAGUGGAGCAUACCAAACCAGCAACAAAAGUAAACUUCUUCUUCUGUCUCGCCACACUGGUCAACAAGAAGUCAAAAAUGCAGUGUCCUCAGACACUCCAGCCCUUGUCUCAUCACCCAGAUACUGGAUUCUAAGAUGAGUGGUUACUGAAAACCAAUUUAAUCAAACAUAGGGUCCUUCUAAUCUCAAUAGAUCAGCCACUUAGCCUGGUCAAUAUAUACCUCAGAUUUUACCCAAUAAUCACGCUGAUUCCAGUUCUUGAGUAACUAAAAACUAAAGUUUAAUCAUAAAAGAAGAAAGUUGGCAAUUAUUUGUAUGUAUAUGAUUUAUUAACCAUUAACAAGUCCUUAUAUCAGGUUUGCAGCAGUGAUGGAAUAGACUGCUGGUUUGGAAAGUCUCUCUCUGUGGUAACUUCCAAAAGAUUGGAAGCUCUUCAGUCCAUAGUUCAAAUUCUCCUUUUAGUUGUAAAUCCAGUCCAGAGAAUCAGGGCAGGAAAGAGGCAAAAUAGAGAUAGCUCCAGGGUCUUUUAUACCCUUUGCCACAUGCCUGGAAAUGUACUGUCUCUACUUGGGGAAAGGUACUGGCCUAAGAUGGAGUCCAGGGUUACAUGAGCAUAUCACAUGUCCUUACAUAGCUUGAUGACUCUCGGGGUAGCCAUUGCCCAUAUUCUUGCUGAGGUGUCCACAGGAAGAGCUAUCUGGGUGGAGUGAGUUUCUUCUAUGUCCCAUUGUGAGAACUAAGUGUCCUUGAUGUGCCAUCAAUAGAUAGCUGUCUGGCCUUAAUUUCUAUUUUACCUGGUGGGUGUUACCUAGGAAUACGAUGCAGCCAAUGAAAUGAGCUUUAGCUCACGAAAGCUUAUGCUCCAAAUAAAUUUGUUAGUCUCUAAGGUGCCCCAAGUCCUCCUUUUUUCUUUUUGCGAAUACAGACUAACAUGGCUGCUACUCUGAAAUAUGUAUGUAUGUUGCCAGUGCAUAGCCAAUAUUCAUAACUUCUGAUACAAAAAUGAUACAUGCGUAUAAACAGGAUCAUCAGACUUAGCAAAUCAGAAUUUUUCCACUGACACCUUACGUGCCCUACUUUGUAGAAGAUUUGAGGCAAAAUUGAGCAGGGGGUUGGACUAGAUGACCUCCUGAGGUCCUUUCCAACCCUGAUAUUCUAUGAAUGUCAAAGAUAUAAAUGGUCAUCUUAUUACACAGCGUCACACCCAGGUCUCUCGCCUCCCAGGUAGACUCCCUAACCACUAGACUACAGACUCAUUCUCACUCAGGCUUAGGUUACAGUUCAGCACAUCUCCAAGACAGUCUCUCCCUCUGGGCAAUGUAAUUAGUGCCCCGAAGGAUUUUGCUGUGGGCAUGGCUACGCUCCAAAGGUCAAAUCACUGCCCUGGGAGUGCUCCCCUGGCAGCGCGUUGGAGUGCGAGUGUGGUCAUGCACCAGUGCUGGGAGAGAGGGCUCCUGGUACUCCCCCUCCCUGGGGGACACUGUUUACACAGGUGUGUUACAGCACUGUAACUUGCUGCACUCAGGGGCCUGUUUUUUCACACCCCUGGGUGAGAAUGGCACUUUACAGCGCUGCAACAGUGUAGCCAGAGCCUGUAUCUAUGAGUAUCUGCCUUUAACUCUUUCAACUGGAAUUCUACAGUGGGAAAAGUCAAAAAGAGAGACUUGCUUUUUAUGUUCUGUUUACAAGCCAUCAGGCCUCUUCUCUUUACCACCGCAGCUGAAAAACUUCCUUAAGCGGGUGCAGGGUUGUUAUUUUAUCAUUUCUAUAGUACUUUGUGUCUGAGUACCUCAAAGUGCUUUACAAAUAACAGCUAAUUGGGGAGGUAACUCCCUUCUCUUCAUGUGUCAGUAUAAUAGUGCCUGCAUCUCUAAUUUUCACCCCAUGCAGCAGAAGAACUGCGUUUUUUACCCACGAAAGCUUAUGCCCCAAUAAAUCUGUUAGUCUUUAAGAUGC